CGCCCGUAGCCAUGAAGUGGACCGUGCUGGCUGCGACGCUCAGCCUGGCCCUCGCGGCCGCCACCGACGACAGCGACAAGCACAAGCCGGCGCCCACGAAGGCGCAUGCGGCGCCCAAGGCCACGGCGCCGACGUCGCCGGCGGGCAUCCAAUUCCGCGACUUUGUCGCCCAUGACGACACCCAGACGUGCUCGCAGGACAUCCACUCGACGCCGUUCAACGUGCAAGUGCGUGGCACGAACCUCGGUGGCUGGCUCGUCCUCGAGCCAUGGAUCACGCCGACGCUCUUUUACCAGUUCCUCGGCACGCAGGAGCGGUUUGGCGACCAAGCGCCCGAGAAGACGGCGAUGGACCAGUACACGUUUUGCACGGCCUUGGGCAAGGAAGAGGCCAACCGCCAAUUGCGCAUCCAUUGGAACAACUGGGUCACGGAGGCCGACAUCAAGGAGAUGGCGUCGUUUGGCGUCAACUCGCUGCGCAUCCCGGUCGGCGACUGGAUGUUUGUGCCGUACGAGCCGUACAUUGGCUGCACGGACGGCUCGAUCGAGCAGCUCGACCGCGUCCUCGACCUCUGCGACAAGUACAACAUCAACGUGCUCAUCGACAUCCACGGCCACAUUGGGUCCCAAAACGGCUUUGACAACAGCGGCAAGACGCACCAGGUCAAGUGGACGUCGCUUGCGAGCACGCAGCCCGUGGGCACGACCACGUUUGAGCACUGGCCGAUCCGGUACGCCGAGUGGGCCGGCACGUUUGACCCGAUCCACCACAACUACUCGUCGAUCAACUAUGCCAACCUGAACCAGUCGCUCACGGUCGUCAACAAGAUUGUGACGCGGUACGCCAACCACCCGGCGAUCCUCGGGCUGCAGCCGGUCAACGAGCCGUGGGAGCUCACGCCCAUUGACGUGCUCAAGAACUUUUACUGGGACUCGUACAAGGUGACCAAGUCGCUCGCGCCGUCGUGGAAGUUUGUCGUCCACGACUCGUUCCGCUUUGGCUUGAGCUACUGGUCGCAGUUUAUGAAGGGCUGCCCGGACAUUGCGCUCGACACGCACAUUUACCAAGCGUGGAUGAACCCUGGCAGCGCCGAAGACUUCAACUCGAACGCGUGCCAGCAAAAGUACACGAUCUCGGACAUGGAGAACGCGCUCAUGCCCGUCAUUGUCGGCGAGUGGUCGGUCGCGACCGACAACUGUGCCAUGUGGCUCAACGGCUUCAACGACAACCUCCCGGGCUUUCCCAAGGUCAUGUGCACCUACCAAAAGUGCCCCGUCGACUCGACGUACCUCGGCUACGGCUUCCCCGGCACGCCGCUCGACGUGACCAAGCCGAUCCAGGGGCCGUAUGGCACCGGCACCUCGGGCCCGUCGUUUGGCUACUGCCCGGUCAACAGCCAGACCUCGUUCGACGAGGACCACCUCGCGUUCACGACCAACAUGGUCCGGAAGAAGCUCAACGCGUUCCAGGUCGGCCACGGCUGGUACUUUUGGAACUUCAAGACGGAGCUCGACAUGACGUGGAACUUUAUCCAGCUCUGCCGGCUCGGCGCGUUCCCCAAGAACGUCAGCAACUACGAGCCGGGCGAGGUCGACAAUGCGUGCCUCGCAGAGGACAAGGGCGAGUUUGUGUGCCAGGCCAAGCGCGGCGUCAAGGCCUUUGAGCUCGAGAACGGCCUCAAGUACGCGUGCAACUGCCCCGGCGUCGACUGCAAGGACAUUGAGACCAAGUAUGCGACCUUGAUCGAGCGCUGCGACUACGCGUACAACGCCUACUGGCACCUCGAGCGAACCAAGGGCGCGACGUGCGAUUUCGGUGGCUCGGCCCAUCUGAUUUCGAUCCCAUCCAACGUCUCGUACGCGACCGUCGACUCGAUUACGUCGGCCGACCUCGCCCAUGCGACGUGGAACACGGUGAUGGCGUCCGGCGGCUUCAUCCUCGGCGGCAUCGUCGGCGUCGGCUUGACGGUGCUGCUGCUCACGAUGCACCGCAAGAACGCGGCGCGCAAGAUGUACUAUGGCCGCAACCCGUCCGACAUGGUGCUCAUGGGCGACCGCGCCAACGGCGAAGAGCGCACGCCGCUCGUCUCCAAGUUUUAA